GGCGCCGCCCCCCUCCUCUCCAAGCCCGAACUCGAGGGAUGCAGGGGGCCCUUCCUCCAGGCGCACGGACCCACGGCACUUUCAACAGGCUGAAGCGCGCCCCUCACAGGCGGCCCAGCCUGGACGCGGACACCCCCUUUCCCGGCCCAGGGAAGGCAAGGGGCCGUCCCUCGUUUCCAGCUGCCGUUCUCCUGUCCCGGCAGGAGCCGGGGCUCCCAGCACUAGGCCAGCCCGACCUCCACGCGGAGCUGGGACUGCGCAGGGGCAAGGGUCUCCCGCGCGCGGCGCGCCCGGCUCCCGCCACUCAGCGAGCCCCGCUCCAGCGCGGGGCACGCGCCACUCUGCUCCCACGUGCGCCCCGCCUCCCCCCGCCGCGGCUGGAUUGGCAGGCUGCGGCUGUCACUCAUGACGAGGCAGAGAGCAGGUCGCGUGCAGCAGGUUCGGUUGAGCGGAGGCCGACCGUGUCCCUGCGUGGCGCUCUCCGCCGCUGCGCCAGCAAGGGCCUUGGCAGAUGCUCCCUAACGCCCGUCAGUGAGCGCUCGGAGAGCGCCCCGGUAUUGUCACAAGCUCCCUGGCCGCCCUCCAGCCAGUGGGAGUCAUUACCGCCUGCGGUGGGAGGGAGGACAAGCGCUGUCUCCGCAGCAACCGAAGCGAAGCCCCAUGCCAGCGUCUGAUUGGUCGAUUCAAAGCGAUUCCGUGCGCGUGGUGGGGAUUGUUGGGUGCGCGCCGCGGGACCGCGGGGUGACGGCGGCAGGACGGGAGAGAGGAUGCGGCCGGGUGGCGGGAUCAGCCCGAGCUUUGUGGCCCAGCAGCGGAUCCGGCAGCUGGAGCAGAAGCUGCGCGCUAAAGAAGAAAGAAUAGUUGUGCUGGAAACAGAAAAUGCUCUUCUUCAUCUGAAACUUGCAGAGUUUCGAGGGUUGAUUGGAAGAGACACUAAUGAAGUGGCACAGCUUAACUUUGUUCAUGACAAGCAACAGAACUUGUGUAGAAGCACGAGCUCCAUUAUAAUCCAGGUUUAUGGAGCAAUACAGAGACUUAAGCGAGACCUGAAGAACCUCCAUGCAUUUGCUCUUGAGCUUUCAAGAGACUUUCAACAUCAGUACAAGAAUUCUCUUUACCAAGUUUUGACUGCUGUCCAAAAGAUCCAGCUGCAGAAUGAAGCUCUGCAAACAUUCCAGACAAAAGCUUUUGAUCUCAAGCAGUCUUUACAGGAAGUUAACGAGCGAUACCAGCAAGAAAAACAAAAGAGAAAAAUACUUCACAACAGUUUAAUUGAACUGAGGGGAAAUAUCAGAGUGCACUGCAGGAUCCGUCCCUUAUUGCCUUUUGAUACUGCUUUUGGACAUUCAGUCUCACAAGAUUGGCACAGAAAGCUUUCAGAAAAAGUGGCACAUGCUACUGAUGAUGAAACUGUCCUUGUAAAAUGCAAUCGUCCUGGUCAUACUUUGAUCAACAAGACAUUUCAGUUUGACAGAGUUUACAGUGCUGCUGAGUCUCAAGAUGCAGUGUUUGCAGAUGUGGCCCCUUUGCUUACAUCUCUGCUGGAUGGAUACAAUGUGUGUAUUAUGGCUUAUGGGCAAACAGGGAGUGGGAAGACAUACACAAUGUUGGGACCACAGUCUGAGGAUGAUGUCACUCUUUCAACAGAAGAUGAACCAGAGCUAGGAAUUAUUCCAAGAGCCACAGAAGAAGUGUUCAGGCUUAUUUCAGAAAAGCCACCAGGAAGUCAUUGGGUUGAGGUUUCUGUUGUAGAAGUGUAUAAUAAUGAAAUUUUUGAUCUUCUGGCCAAAGACAGCUGUGGAAGAGUAUUCGGUGUUAAACGUGACGUUGUCACAACCAAGGAAGGCAAGAGCGAUGUGCCAUUACUUACCUAUGAGACUGUUGAAAAUGCUCUAGAAUUCUUACAGCUAGUUGAUAAAGGUCUGCAGCUAAGGGUCAAACAUCCAACACUGGUGCAUGCUCAUUCCUCUCGCUCUCAUCUGGUAGUGACAUUGACCAUAACCACGAAGGCUGUCUCUGCAGACAGCUUUGCUCCUCUAUGGACAGAUGAACAGCCUAGUCAAAAGCUAAGUAAAGAGCUUUUCUGCACCUUUCCUCAACAAAUGAAAGAUGAUAAACUCAUCUUUCCUUCCAGAGCCUCUUCUCCAGCACAAUUUGAAUCUGUUGAGAAACUGAAGCACAUCAAAACUAAACUACAGCUGGUGGAUUUGGCGGGCAGUGAAUGUGUUGGUAUGUCUGGAGUGACGGGAGUAGCCCUGAGAGAGACCUCGUUCAUUAACCGUAGCUUAUCUGCUCUGUCAGAUGUACUUGGAGCAAUAGCAGAGCAGCGCUCUCACAUUCCGUAUAGAAACAGCAAACUUACCCACCUACUACAGGACUCCAUAGGGGGCAACGCUAAAUUGCUGGUGAUGCUGUGCAUCUCCCCCUGCCAGAAGUACUUAGCGGAAUCACUGCAAUCCUUGGGAUUCGGAACUCGUGCUCGGCAAGUUCAGAGAGGACAAGUCAAGAAAAGAAAUCUGCCAGUGUCAAGCAAAUCAAAAUAAAAGCUAAGGCUCCUGUGGAUUAAAGUAUUAUUAAUGAGUUCCUCAGAUGAAAUGUAUCUUGUUGUCAUAAAGCCAUGCUUUAAGAUGUAAACUGCCAGUUAAAAUAAACACUCCUCAAUAUGGUAUUAGCAAAGCCAUAAACUUGCUGAUAAUGUUCUUGUUCCAAAGACGAUAACAGGUAUUGAAAACAGCUACCAAGCAUGAUGGAUGGCAUGGCAUAGAAAUAUAUUAUGCUUUUUAGGGGAGCAACAGCAAGACAGAGUUUUAGAGCAAAUGUUUAGCAUUGGGAAAUAAGUAAAUGAAAUCAACAGUGCACGGAUCCUGGACAGUUCGCACUGGAAGGGCUGAAUCUCUGUCCUAUUAGUUCAGUAAAAAACACAAGUCUUUAAUUACUCUGUUUCAUUUCAAUAUCUCAAAUUUGGUGGGAAUAUUUGGUUUGAUGUUUGGGUUAAAAUUAGGCAUGUAUCUUGCUGACUUGGUCUCCUCUCCCUAGUAUUGGGUUAUUCCUAACCCAUUCCUAUUCCCUCAAGAAAAAAACAGGACCCACACAACCUAACUUAAAGUACCAUGCUUUAACUACUAGGCCAGGCUUCUUCUAGCUGCUUUUGCCAUCUUUCCUGUGCUGAAUGUGUAGGAUGGUGGGUUGAGGUUUGUGAAUGAAAUGACAUUGAGGGAGGAGUCUUAAGCAAUUUCAAAUAACAUUACAGAUCAAAACAGAUCGUGAGGUAUGUAGUUGGGUUUUAUUAUUGUGUGUUAUGUGCUGUUUGACUGCUCAGCAGAGGCCAGUGAUUCACUAUGACUUUUUGUCUCUAGGGAUCGUACUACCUCUAGCCUGGGAUAGAGGUCAUUGGUGGGUCUCUGUGAGGAGGCUUAAAUUGCAUUUGCCUAUCUGAAAGACUUUAGUUUAUAGUGCUCUGAGUCUCUUAACUUUCACAAGCAUAAAUAUUUAUCGAGAGAUUAUAUAGCAUACUACUAUUGGAAUUUCACUCUUGAAUGUAUACCUGCUGCUCCACUACACGUGGUGCUCUGGUAUUACCUCUGACCCUCAGUACAUUAGCAUUGUAAUUGUGUGAUGUGAGAAAACUCAUUUUCCUAAUAAUGUGGCCAGAUUAAAAUUCCUGGAUUGACUUUACCUGAUUUUAGCCAUAACACAGGAAAAAGCUAGUCAUCUUCUGGGUGGGAAUUUAUUUUCAUGUGGACAGGAUAGAGAACAUAAUGAAGUCCAAGGGUUGCUAAAAUAAUCAGAGGAGAAAGGGUUGGACUGAGUAAUGUUAGCAUAUAAAAUGAAAUGCACAGUAUAAAAUUAUGUGGGAGUUAGGCACCAAGGUGCUUUUGAAAUUCCACUAGGCACCUAGCUGCACCUUUAGAUACCUAAAUACCUUUGAACAUCUGGCCUUAAGGUACUUUUACCUUCAAACAAAAAGAAAAGGAGUACUUGUGGCACC